AUGGUCCAUCUGACGUCGCAGCUAUUAAAGCGGUACCAUGGGGGUUACGUGGUCAUCCGUAUGGCCCUAGCGGGCCACAAGCAAGCCAACAGACCCUUCUACCGUAUCGUGGCGGCGUACAACAAGCGGGCAAGAGACGGCAAGUACAUCGAGCAGCUAGGAACGUACGACCCGCUGCCCAACGUGCACAAUGAGAAACUGGUCAGCUUCAACUGGGACCGCAUCAAGUACUGGAUUGGCUGUGGUGCACACCCUACCAAACCUGUGGCAAAACUUCUAGGUUUAGCAGGCUUUUACCCGCUCCAUCCCAUGACUGUGACGGAGAUGGAACGCCGGCGAGCCCGAGAGACACAGACCGAAACGGAAGCCAAAAAAAGUAUAGAGACGGAAGUGGUUACCGUCAACAUUGCCCCAAAUGACCACUCGGUUUACAGACAAAACUCCCAUGACAGACUCGACCAGUACAGAAUCAACAAGUACAAAAUCAUCAUCAUCUCCAGAGCCACAAACAACAUCUGA